ACAAUAGGAGCGCCGACAAUAGCGCCAAUGUGACGGGCGAAGAUAUAAAUGCUGCCUCUCUCAUCCACAACAUCCGCAACAAUUCAUCAUCAUCAUCGACUAACGGCCCAUCGGCUUUCACACUUUCAAACCCUGGCGACUUCAGCACCAUUGGCUCUUGGGGUAGCUUCCUCAAUCCUAUGACUACUGACAUGAGUGGACAUCUUGCAAAUCUUACCAUGACUUACACUCAGAACUGGAACAAUGCGCACACCUUCAACUCGCACCGUCAUCCACCGACUGGCGCAAGCUAUGCCGACAUGGGCUCGCAACUGAUGCAGGCCAACAUGGCCUCGCGCUAUAACCCCCAGUACGCGCAGAACCUCACUGGAUGGCCAGGUCCUGGCCACGCCGCGCAGUUCGCACAGCCUCACAAUCAACCUCGAACCCAGUCAGCCGCUUUUGGCACCGACACCAGCUUCGCCGGAGGUCAUUUUCAAACCACUAAUGGAGCUUCCAAUCACGACAAUAAGGCGGGCAAUCUGCUAGGCGUGCCUGGUGCACCUCAGGCUGCUGCGUCAGCUCAGCAGAAUGGCAGCAACUUCACAGUCGUGCAGCAAUCUCCGACUGCGCCAGCGGGUCAGCCAUGGAGCGGACAGGCGCAAUACAGCAAUGGCGCCGGCCGUAAGCGUGGCAGAAGUCAAGCAGAGGAAGACUGGCAGCGAGGCCAGGUCGCGGUGAAGCAGGAGCAGGAGCAGGAGCAGGAGCACGAUGUCGAUGACUAUGCUGGUACCUCGACAGGUCACAAGCGACGUAGAUCAACUAUGGGUGCUCAAGCUGUCCCGGGGCUUCCCAUCGGCCAAGUCUCCAACUCUCCCGAGGGUGACGAGGAGGCUCGGCGCCGCGGUUUUCUGCCCAAGAAGAAGGAAAACCUGACAGACCAGCAAAAGCGCUUCAACCACAUUCAGUCGGAGAAGAAGCGUCGUGAGCUCAUCAACAACGGCUACAACACGCUCAACGUGCUUGUACCGGCCCUCGCUCAGGGCAAGUCUGGUCUGUCGCGAUCGGAGUGUCUUUCCGAAGUCAACAUGUACUUGCAAACACUCUCAUCCGGAAAUGCGGAGAUUCUGCGACAGUUAGGUCUGCCAGCAGAUGCGCUGGCAGGAGUUAGCCGUGAUGGCUUCACGAGCAUCACUGGAAAUCCACCACAGACUCAGUUCCAGCCUCAGCAACAGGCUCCGACCCAGCCGCAGCCUCAAGCGCAGCCCCCCGCGUCGUAAGCAUGUCGGCUUAUACAGCGUGCGCUUUGGCCUUCAAUUCCGCUUGCGCUUCCAUUCCUACUCGAAUGCGGCCCUUCCGCAUGCACUAAUCUCUACACCCAUCGCCUACUGCUUCUGCGACUUCGAGCGACUCUGUGCAUAUUGAUCUGAUACUGCUCUGCACAUACCCACGACGAUACUCCCGAUAGACGAGGAACGUCAAGCGGCUUGCUUGACUCAGAUGACGCAAGCUGAUUGACUGGCGUUAUCUGGAUAUACCAUGGAUUGGUUUCUUCCUUUUUACUACGAACGACGAUUCUACGAUAGCGAGCUCAUAGACUGGGAUGGCGAGGCGUUUCUUGCGUUGAUCAUCACACCUGCUUGCUUUGUUCUGUUACCACUACUACUAUUACGAUUAUUAUCACGCAUCAGCUGGGAGGAUACGGGAAGUCUGAUGGAGCGAAAUCAUGCGAAAGAGCGCAUGUGUGAUCGGGGCCGGCGAGCCGGCGGAUCAGAAAAGCCUCCUUACCAGACUGAUGCGAUUCAUGUACUUACUUCACCACCUUGCUACCGUCGCCCCGAGAGGGAGAGGGGCGAAAGAGCUCACAGAAUGAGAAUGAGAUCUGAAAAGCAAGUUCUGCCU